AUGAAGAAAUCAAUUGAAGAUUACAGAUCUUUACAUUCGACACCUAAUCCCGAAUUAAUUGCUCCAGGUGCAGAGUGGAAAGAUCUCUUCAUUAAGGACAUUGAAAUACAAUCUAUUGAUACAUUCGGAACAAGAUUUCAAAUUGGUUUUGUAAAGUUUAAAGUUAAUAUUUUCAUCAAGGUAAUUAGAACAUUAGUUCCAUUACCAGGAAUUGUAUUUGCUAGAGGAGGAUCUGUUGGAAUUCUUAUAGUGUUGGAAUGUGAAGGAAAGGAAUAUUUACUGUUAGUGCAACAACCAAGAAUUCCGAUUGGUACUUUGAAAUCUGUUGAAUUACCAGCUGGUUCUCUUGAUGAUAAUGGAAAUUUUUCUGGUGUUGCUGCAAAGGAAGUAAAAGAAGAAACUGGAAUUGAAAUUAAAGAUACUGAACUUGUAGAUUUGACAGAAUUAUGCUUUGGAAGUGGCUCUCCAUUCCCAGGUCAUUAUUUGAGUCCUGGUGGUAGUGAUGAAUUUAUGAGAUUCUUCCUUUACAAGACUUCAAUCUCUAGAGAGGAAUUGAAUUCACUCAAAGGUAAAUUCACAGGUUCAGAGAAUGAAAACGAGUUUAUAACUCUGAGAGUUAUUCCAAUUGAUGAGGCACCAAGAAUCACGCCAGAUGCUAAAUUAAUUCUUGCCCUCCACUUUUAUUCCAAUUACUAUAAAAAGUAG